GCCGCUAGAGUUCAAAGGUUACCCACAUGUAGACUUUUAAUCUAAAAGCCUUUGGGGAAUCCACUAUUUUCUAGCUACAUGUACGUACCUCUAGUAUAGCUUGUAUCUAGCAUUGUGAUCGAGGAUGUACAGACGACAGAGCAGCAGUCAGAUGUUUCAGGGAGCCAUGAAAGCUGUGAUUCUCAUUGGAGGGCCCCACGUCGAUCCUAGAUUCCGCCCCCUGUCACUGGAGCUCCCUCAGCCGUUGUUCCCCAUUGCUGGAGUGCCUCUACUACAGCACCACAUCGAGGCAUGCACCAAGCUGCCGGACAUCAAGGAGAUUCUACUGAUCGGGUUCUACCAGCAGAGCAGGGAGAUGACACGGUUCUUCCAGGACAUGCAUAAACACUACGGCAUACUGAUCAAGUAUCUGCAAGAGUACUGCCCCCUUGGUACUGCAGGCGGUAUCUAUCACUUCCGCGAUCAGAUCAUGAGGGGAAAUCCCCGGGGGUUCUUUGUGUUCCACUCUGACGUCUGUUGUAACUUUCCUGUUGUGGAGAUGAACGCAUUCCAUGAGAAAGUCGCUAAGGGCAAAGGAUUUGUGAUCUUGGGAGCAGAGGCUAACGAGAGUCAGGCAAUCAACUAUGGCUGCAUUGCAGAGGACCCCGCCACACAUCAGGUGCUGCACUAUGUUGAGAAGCCCGAGACGUUUGUGAGCAGUAUAGUGAAUGCUGGGGCAUACAUUUUCACACCGGCAGUGUUUGACCAACUGGGCAAAGUGUUCCAAGCCAACCACGAGAAUGAGCUCAUUCCGGAGCAAGCAAGGGACACUAUUGACCUCGAGCGAAGCCUCCUCUCUCCAUUAGCCGGCACUGGGGAGCUGUUCGUCUACAAGAUGAAGACUGGAUUCUGGUGCCAGGUCAAGAACGCUGGUUCUGCAAUCUAUGCCAAUCGUCUCUAUCUGUCUCUAAUGAGUGAGAACCAUCCGGAGCUGUUGGCAAGACAACAGAGCUCUGACGAGGGGCCAUGUAUCAUUGGUGAUGUUAGAAUUCAUCCUACAGCCAAUGUGGACAGAUCUGCCACGCUGGGUCCUAACGUCUACGUGGGAGCUGGAGUCAACAUUGGUCCUGGGGCUAGGGUGAAGGAGGCCAUUGUCCUGGACAGGGCAGAGAUUCAGGACCACAGUUGCGUGUUGCACAGUGUGGUUGGGUGGAACUGUGUGUUGGGGGAGUGGUCUCGUGUCGAGGGGUACCCCUGUGAUCCAAACCCUAAUGACCCUCUGGCCAGUGUGCAGAGCGAGAGUCUAUUCAAUCAGGAGGGACGACUCAACCCCAGCAUCACUAUACUAGGUGAAGGUGUGAGUGUCCACUCUGAGAGAAUGGUGCUCAACUCAAUAGUGCUGCCUCACAAAGACCUCUCCAACAACUACAAGAACCAAAUUAUCCUCUGAAGUGCACGAACAAACAUGCACCACUGUGUGUUGAUUUCUAACAAUUCGCAAAAUUAUGCUUGCUCAUAAACUCCUGUUGUUAUAUUAAACACUGUACAUAAUUAUAUACAUAAUCGUAAUAAUUUUGUUGAGUCAACAGUUAA